UGUAGUUCUCUUACGGGCAGGCGGACAGCGAACUACCGGCGGCCGGAGGAAGCGGGGGCGGCGGGGCCGGGAGCGAGCAGAGUCCCGGGAUCGGGAUGCGGCCGCGGCCCGGGACGCCGCCUCGUUGCCCGGAGCGACACCAUGCACCCGGCCGUGGCGGUGGGGCUGGUGUUCGGCGGCUGCUGCAGCAACGUGGUGUUCCUGGAGCUGCUGGCCAGGCAGUUCCCAGGAUGUGGGAACAUCGUGACCUUCUCCCAGUUCCUGUUCAUUGCCCUGGAAGGUUUCAUCUUCGAGGCCAACUUCGGGAGGAAGCGCCCGGCCAUCCCCAUCAGGAACUAUUUCAUCAUGGUGGCCAUGUUCUUCACCGUCAGCGUGGUCAAUAACUACGCCCUGAACCUGAACAUCGCCAUGCCGCUGCACAUGAUCUUCCGCUCGGGUUCUCUCAUAGCAAGCAUGGCCCUAGGGAUCAUCAUCCUGAAGAAAAGGUACAGCGUGUCCAAGUACAGCUCCAUCGCCCUGGUGUCCCUGGGCAUCUUCACCUGCACCUUCAUGUCUGCCAAGCAAGUGGCAUCUGACCCCAGCCUGAGUGAAGAGGAGGGACCCCAGGCCUUCCUCUGGUGGUUGCUGGGCAUUGCUGCCCUCACCUUCGCCCUGCUGAUGUCUGCCAGGAUGGGAAUUUUCCAGGAGACUCUGUACAAGAAAUUUGGGAAGCACUCCAAGGAAGCCCUCUUCUACAACCACGCCCUGCCACUCCCUGGAUUCCUGCUCCUGGCUCCCAACAUUUACCAGCACGCCGUGCUCUUCAGCCAGUCUGAGCUGUUCCAGGUGCCGCUGAUCGGCCUGACCCUGCCCAUCAUGUGGUUCUACCUCCUCAUGAACGUCAUCACCCAGUACGUCUGCAUCCGCGGCGUCUUCAUCCUGACCACGGAGUGCACGUCCCUGACGGUCACCCUGGUGGUGACGCUCCGCAAGUUCGUCAGCCUCAUCUUCUCCAUCCUGUACUUCCGGAACCCCUUCACGGGCUGGCACUGGCUGGGCACCGCCUUCGUCUUCGUGGGCACCCUGAUGUACACCGAGGUGUGGAACAGCCUGCGGCCCCUCCGGAGGCCCAAGGAGGAGUGAAUCCAGGGAUUUUCAGCCGGGAUCUGUUUGGUGUUUUCCAGAGCCCACCCCACCCCCGGGGUGUUUUUAUAACAGGGGGGGUGUUGGCUGUGCCAAGCUCCUGGGAGAACGGGGAUCCUCCACUGGAUCAUGGAGAAACAAUCCGGGCAUUUUCUGGGAGUUGGCAUUUUUUUAGGCUUCAAAUUUUUCCUCCCUUUUAUUUUAUUUUUUUUUUCCCAUUGGAAUAACCCUUUUUAAGGAGAAGCUGAUCCAGAGCUUUGUUGGAAGCCCAACUUCCCUGCUGUUGGCUUGGAUCAGCUGCACCCUGAGCCAGCUUGGUGCCAUCCUUUGAUGGUCCCGGUGUCUGGAGCCGAUGGCUGAGCCCCAUCCCAGUGGGAAUCCCUGAUCCCUGAGCUGGGAAACAUCCGCAGCCGGAGCUUCCAGCCUGCCCCGUGGAUCCUGAGAGGGCUGCGUUUCCUCUCCCUUGCCCAGUUCUCCUCCCAUCCCUUGGGAUCAGCCUGGCACAGGCUCCCUGUCCCUCAGUGUCACCCCUGGCUGCUUUUCCUGGACUUUUCCUGCACUUUUCCUGGAGCAGCACCUUGUUCCCGUGCUGUCCCUGCCCAGCUGGGCCAGUUGAGGCAUCCAGGAGGGAUGAAGGGGAUUUAACAACAAAGGAAAAACCAUGGAAAAAAAAUCCCAAAGUGAUGGAAAGGCAGCAGCUCCCUGCCAGGCAUUCCCUGAGCAUUUCCCAAACUUCUUCCCUCUAUUUUUACUGCUGAUUUUUAUCAUCUCUCUGGGAUAAUCCCCUUCCCAGCUUUCCUCAUCCUUGCUGGGAGGCAGAGUGGGAAAAGGAAGUUGCUCCGUGAUGUGCUGGGAGCACUGGUUUAGCCCCAAACCCCAGUGUGGGAAAAGGGAAUUCCAUCCCACCCAGAGCCAGCGUGGUGCUGCCAGGACCUGCAGCUCCUUCCCAACAUCCUGAAGCAUUUUUUCCCUCAUUUUCUGUUUUUCCCAAGCCUG